AAAGUAAGAUCAUGCACACUUUUGUGAAGAGAAUCCGCGUUGUGAAAACUGAAAAGUGAAAAUCAUUUACUUGUGUUGACCUCUGAUUCUGAUCCAAUUCUUCUUCUUCUUCUUCUUCGUAAUUUCCGAUUUCGAUUGAGAAUUACAUUCAUGCAAAUGCACCGUUUUUUACUUCUCAGCUUCCUCUUCGCUUCUGCAGGCGCCGCCGAUCACAUCUCCAUCAACUGCGGCGAAGACGAUGCACCGCAAGGCUCAUCAACGGCGAGCUGACGAUUCCCUACACCACUGCGCGGAUCUCUCGCUCUCGAUUUUCCUACUCCUUUCACCUCACCUCAGGUCAGAAAUUCAUCCGAUUGCACUUCAAUCCCGUCGUCUACCGCGGUUUCGAAAGCUCCGGCGAUUUCUUCACCGUUGAAUUCGGUCCUUUCACGCUGCUUGCUAAUUUCAUCACCUCCAUAGCUGCUCGUGCGCUUUCUGUUAAUGUUAUUGCUAAGGAAUUUUGUGUAAUUGUGGAUGAAAAUGGAAAUCAAACCUUCGAUUUAGUGUUCUAGAAUCGAAUCGAGGUUUAGUAAUUAUGCUUUCGUUAAUUGAAUCGAGGUUAUACUUGUGCCUUCCACCGUUUCUUACUGUCACGGUGGGGAUAGUGGAGUUGAUGUGAUUGGGGAAAAGUCUGUAAUAUAUGUGAACAAUGCUACUGCAUUUGAGAGGGUUUAUCAUCACAAUAUAAAAUGGGGUGCUGUCUGGUUUGGGCAUGAUAUGUUUGGGGUUUGGGCAACGAUUCUUCGAGGAAAAGGAAACAAGGGUAGUGAUCUCAGCUGGGGAGUGUCUGUUGAUGUAGGAUUUAGGUAUUUGGUGAGGGUUCACUUGUUUGAUGUAGGGAUUGGGAUGGAUUUUGUGCUUAUGAUUGAUGGCAAGGUUGCCUUGACUAGUGUUGACAUGGUCGAACAGUCGGAGAAUCGGAGUGUUCUUUGGUAUAACUACAUUUGAUGGUGCAAGGGAAGAAGAGUGAGUCUAAGCAAAGAAUCUCUAUCUCUCUGCAUUCUCAUAGUGAUUUAGUUGAUAGACGAGGCCCGAUUGAAGGAUUUGAAGUCUUCAAGUUAAGCAACCAUGACCUCAGUCUUGCCUCUCCCAAUCCUCUGCUUCCACCAGGAGAUUCACUGUCAUACUCUGUCCCAACUCUAUUACACUCUCUUCUUGGUCACAGAAAUGCUAUUGUAACUGUGGUGUUUACUCUUCUGGUAAACAUCAUUGUCCACAAAAUGUGGGAAACUGACUCUUCUGAGAAGGAAAACGAGCCAUCUGCCAGGGUAAAGCAACCUUGUCGUCGCUUUUCACUAGCUGAGAUGCAAUCAGCAACAGACAACUUCCACAGCAGAAAUAUCGUUGGAAGGGGUGGAUUUGGGGAUGUGUUCAGAGGGUUCAUGGAUAACGGGAGAGAGAUUGUAGCCAUAAAGCGGUUGAAACAACACUCCAGUCAAGGGGAGCAACAAUUUUGGACAGAGAUCGAAAUGCUUUCUGAGCUUCGACAUGUGAAAACUGUUACAUUUAUCCCAAGUCAGCAAAUUAACAGCACAAUUGUCAAUUCUGGAAGACAAGGUGGAAGAAAAUCCAUGAUGCUUCAGAUAUCACUAAAACAUUGGCAGCGUGAUGCUUUUGGGAAGACCAGGAAUCCCUCAAAACAAAUGCACUUGGUUGGCACUUCAGUAACAGCACCAAUAGAAUUUACGAAUGUUACAUUGUGCGGCCGUCUUCAGAAUAAUGAUGGGAUGAUUUUCAUUCCCAGUCCGGAGUGGAAGAAGCUGGCCGAGCCCAAUUUGAGGGUUUUCAGCUUAACAGAACUCGAGGCUGCGACUGAAAUGAUUUGGUGCUAGGAGAAGGAGGUUUUGGCAGGGUUUACAAGGGGUGGUUGGGUAACAAAGCCAACCCUGAAACAACCACAAUUGCUGUCAAGAAGUUGAGUUCUGAAAGUACACAAGGGUUUAAUCAGUGGCAGUCUGAGGUGUACUUCCUUGGAAAACUUUCUCAUCCCAAGCUUUUGGGCUACUGCCAUGAGGAAAAGGAGCUACUUCUUGUGUAUGAAUUCAUGGCCAAAGGCAGCUUGGAAAGCCAUCUAUUUAGAAGAGCGUGAAUGUUCCGCCACUUCCAUGGGACAUUAGGCUUAAGAUAUUGAUUGGAGCAGCCCGUGGCCUGAUGUUCUUGCACAUAUCUGAAAAACAGAUUAUCUAUAGGGACUUCAAGUCAGCCAACAUAUUGCUUGAUUGACUUCUGCCUUUCAAGUAUAGCUAUGCUAAUUCAUUUCCACUUUGAUUAAGCUCUAGUGAUUUGUCUGCAGUCAUACGAAGCCAAGCUAUCUGACUUUGGGUUAGCAAUGUUGGGUCCAACAACUGAUGAAUCCCAUGUAACGACACGGGUUGUGGGAACAUAUGGUUAUGCUGCUCCCGAAUAUAU